CUGAAGCGAAGAGCGGCACCCCAGUCCGGGAAGAUUACUCGAUUACUUAGAAACUGGAUCAUGGCUUGGAUUCUCCUGCUGAUACACCUGGGACUGAUCAUCACAGGCUCUUCAGAAGGUAGUACAGCCGUAAGAACAGCAACAGAAUCCGGUUCUCCAGCUACAAACACACCAAAACACACAACCACCACGCUGGAGACCAGAACAACAUCCUUGACUGAACCCAUCUCCACAUCCUCCAUCCCUCCACCUAAAACCAAACCAGACACCCCGUCUCCCACUACAGAAACUGUAGCAACAUCCUCAUCAAUGCAGACCGAACCAACACCUUCAACUACAAGAAGCUCGACAACACCCACUGUUCAGUCAACAACCAAAUUGGCAACCUUACUCACCACAGUAGGGACCAAACCAACACCCUCCCCUGGAAACACCAUCGCAACACCCAGUGUUCCACCUACAAUCAAGUUGACAUCCGUGUCAACCACAGGAGAGACCGAUUUAACACUCUCCCCUGGAAACACCACCAUAAUAUGUUGUGCUCCACCUACAACCAAGUUGACAUCCGUGUCUCCCACAGGGGAGACUGAUUUAACACUCUCCCCUGGAAACACCACCGCAACACCCAGUGUUCCACCUACAAUCAAGUUGACAUCCAUGUCUCCCACAGGGGAGACUGAUUUAACAUUCUCCCCUGGAAACACCACCGCAACACCCAGUGUUCCACCUACAAUCAAGUUGACAUCCGUGUCUCCCACAGGGGAGACCGAUUUAACACUCUCCCCUGGAAACACCACCGCAACACCCAGUAUUCCACCUACAAUCAAGUUGACAUCCGUGUCUCCCACAGGGGAGACUGAUUUAACACUCUCCCCUGGAAACACCACCACAACACCCAGUGUUCCACCUACAACCAAGUUGACAUCCGUGUCUCCCACAGGGGAGACUGAUUUAACACUCUCCCCAGGAAACACCACCGCAACACCCAGUGUUCUGCCUACAACCAAGUUGACAUCCGUGUCUCCCACAGGGGAGACCGAUUUAACACUCUCCCCAGGAAACACCACCACAACACCCAGUGUUCCGCCUACAACCAAGUUGACAUCCGUGUCUCCCACAAGGGAGACCGAUUUAACACCCUCCCCUGCAAACACCACCGCAACACCCAGUGUUCCGCCUACAACCAAGUUGACAUCCGUGCCUCCCACAGUGAGGACCAAUUCAACACCCUCCCCUGGAAACACCACCGCAACACCCAGUGUUCAGCCUACAACCAAGUUGACAUCCGUGCCUCCCACAGUGAGGACCAAUUCAACACCCUCCCCUGGAAACACCACCGCAACACCCAGUGUUCAGCCUACAACCAAGUUGACAACCUCACCCAUCACAGCGGGGCCCAAAUCAACACCCUCAUCUGAAAACAACCCAGCGGCAUCCAGUGUUCAGCCUACAACCAAACAGACAACCUCACCCUCCACGAGGGUCGUACCAUCCACCUCCCACUUGACCAGCCUUGUAACAACCUCAACUCCACAACGACCAACUCCCAGUUUGUCGCGUACAACGAAACCUCCUGUUAUCAAAGCCAUUUUUUACAUCAGCUACCACAUCAACAAUAAAAUAUACAAUUCCAGCUUAGAGGACUCAAAGAGCCGUUAUUUCAUGGAACUGAGUAACGCAAUCAGAAUUAUGUAUGACAACCUGUACAACUGUAGCACCUGCCAGUUCGGUUAUACAGGCUACAUCAUUAUCGCCUUCAGGGAAGGCUCCGUGGCUGUGGAAUCACAAUUAUUUUUCGAAGGAACCAAUUUAAAAUCAGAAAGUGAAGUGGAGAACAUUUUGAGCAGCGCCGACACCAACUCCACGGCGGGGCUACAGUUGAGCCAAGUAAGAGUGAGUGCCACCAAACCGACCGUUGCCACGGAGACGGUCCCAGGCUGGGGCAUCGCUCUUCUCGUCCUGGUGUGCUUCCUGGUUUUCGUCCUGCUCCUCGCCCUAUUGUGGCUGUUCGUCUUCUACUGUCGCCGGAAGCACCGGGGAAGCAUGGAGCUACUUAGUGGCCGGGAUUCGUACCACCCCAUGAACGAGUACCCCACAUACCAGACCCACGGACGCUACGCGGCCCCCAACCAGAAGCAAAACCCCUACGGAGAGGGUCACCCCAAAAACGGGACGAAACCCUUCUCUUACAUCAACCCUACCGUGGCCAACGACGAACUGUAGGGGGCGCACUUCCUACAGCCGGAUUUCUUUGGAGGGGGGUUAAAUUGGAGGGGGGAAAAAGUUGAACUUUGGCAUAUAAAAUUCAGCUUUUUGGACAAGCAAGGCCCCCCCCCAGUGAAAAAGCGGGGUGAUUUUUUUUAGGGGGGGUUCCAGAGAGUUGCUCACUCCUCCCUUGACCGCGAGCAGAAUUACGGAUUGGAGGAGG